AUGGCUGCUCUGUUAAUGGUACCUAGGCAAAGAAAAGAGAGAAUCUUCAGAGGAAUGGUUUCACAUCUGAACAAUUUGACUGACAAUGAAAUGAGGAUAAGAUAUAGGUUUGGAAGAGACUCUAUAGCCUACAUAUGCAAUAUUGUGGGUAAUAAAUUGACAAGAUCUACAGCAAAGGAAACUGCUCUAACAGUGGAGCAACAAGUAUGCAUAGCCUUGAGGUUUUAUGCCUCUGGGUCAUUUUUACAAGUAAUUGGAGAUACAAUGGGCUACGACAAAGCAACUGUAUCUAGAGCAGUGAAUGAUGUUACCAAUGCUUUACUUGAUGUGAAAGACAACUUCAUCCAGUGGCCAAAAGACAUCAAUUCUAAAAACAGGAUGAAGUGUGGUUUCCACAGACAAAUGAACUUCCCAAAUGUUUUGGGGUGCAUUGAUUGCACACACAUCAAGAUACAAGGGCCAUCAGAGGACGAGGCAGCUUUUGUCAAUAGAAAGGGGUUCCAUAGUGUGAACGUGCAGGCUGUGUGUGAUUACGAAGGUACUUAUUUAAUUUGUUUAUAUCCUCUUCGUCUGUUUAUUUGUUUACAUUUGUUAUUAUCUCCCUUAAACCUUCUCGUCAGUAAGUCAACAAUUCGGCCCUCGAUCUUAUACGACCCAAAUAUUACAAGUGAUCGAUCGACGAUCGGGUCAUUGUGUGCUAUCUUUUCCAAUACGACCGCGCACCUGUCACUCCAAACAGUGUGGUAAUUGUUGCCACUUAUUUAUAUGUGCUAUUUCUAAUCUUUACAAUGUUGGUAAAGGAAAGCAUAAUAUUACUGUUGUAUUUUUACUGUACGGGAUCGGGUGUUAUAUUAUUUAAGCUCGAG